CUUUCCCACUACAACAUCUUCGUUAAGUACAGGGUGACAAGGCUAUUUCAAUAAUGCCGUCUAUCAUGUACCCAAUGGAGGAAUUGAUCGUGUCUCUAAUUUGUUCUUGAACAACUGCAUUUCUUACUGAUCAUAUGUUUUUAAUUAAUAUGCCGCUUAUUGCUACUCAUGGGGAGAGAAAACAUAAGCGCCGAGGGUAGGAGUAGGUAUGCUUCACUUAAACAUCAAGAUCUAAGUGGCUCUCAAGAAGAACUCCUAUAGGCUGGUAUGCACGCGCCUCACAAUAAACAUCUCAUCAUCAACCAACCGAAUUCGGGGCACCCCACGACAAAAAGGAGCCUGCAGCUAGCCUAUCAAGGACCACUCUCAUGCAGGCAAUGAAUGGAUAUGUCUGAGUUCUCCAAAAUAUGGGCUCUGAGCUGUGAAUGUCGAGCAAUUGCUCUUAGGAGGAGAUGGAAAACUCCACUACUCUGGCUUACGCUCACGCCAGGUUCUUCUUGGUCGGAACUCGGCUUAAUUUUUCUCUCGUCUUUUUAUGAUCCUAUUAUAAACUAAGUACCCGAAGAGCCGCAAAUUCCGGGUGUACAUCAACAUCAAAUGGCUUCAGCAUCCCGACGCGCACCGAUACCAAUUCCACGGCGUCGCAUGCGGCGGCCUGAAACCCCACCCCCGGCAUAUUCAGAGUACGAUGUGCUCGAAGCAGCCCAACAACAAACGCAUCCCUACCAGCAACCAGACCAUACUCGGACUACUUUAAACCACGGCAUCCCGGAUGAAGCUUCAAAUCCCGCUGGUGCAGGUAGUCCGCGUUGCCAAUCAACAUUUUGCUACCGGACGGUAACAGUUGCAAGUCAUUACUGCAGGAAACACGAAUGUAGCGUAGCCGGCUGUGUCAAUCGCCGGGAAAAGGGACGUGGUAAACGGUAUUGUACUUCUCACGAAUGUCGCUGGCGAGGUUGUGAGGGCUCUAGGGCUGGUCCUUCAAGCUACUGUGCACGCCAUACUUGUGAAUUGGAGGGUUGUCAUUUUCCUAGCCCCGAAGAGGGCUAUCAAUUCUGUACGACACAUACGUGCCGUGUUCAGCGGUGUCCUAGCCGCCGCGAGUCCGCAUCGCGAUAUUGCUCUAAGCACCGGUGUCGCACCGAGGGCUGUACCCGCCCCUUUGCUAAAUCGAGCGAAUUCUGUGUCGAACAUAAAUGCGAAGUUGAUCGGUGUCGAGGGGCGAGACGGAAUGGUGGCAGCAGUUUAUGUACGCGACACGAAUGUACAGUGGCGGAUUGUAGUGGAAGGAGGUUUGAUAAGAGUCAAUAUUGUGGCGCACAUAAAUGCGUUACGAAGGGAUGCGUAAAUGGCCAAGUUGAUGGCUUCCGCCAUUGUGCUUCACACAAAUGUCGGGUGUGCGAAAGACCUUGCAUUCCUGAGAGUGGAUUCUGUCGCCGACAUAAGUGUCGGGAAACCAAAUGCCCAGAGACGCGCGCUGGUGGGUCGCCAUGGUGUCCACGACACGUUUGUCAAUGGGUCGGAUGUGUUGAACCUGCACUUCGACGAGAUGGGUAUUGCAGCGAUCACACUUGUUCGGCUGGGGAAUGUCUUGAGGGCGUGCAUCUAGUUGAUGAAAACGUUAGCGAAUAUUGUCGCAACCAUACAUGCGCUGAGCAGGGCUGUCUUCAGAGGAGCUCAAAAGCUACAUUCUGCGCUGAGCACGGGUGCCAACGACGCACGUGCCAAAACUCACGAUUCUGGGGUGACGAACAGGGAGAGAGAGAACACCAAUGCUGCAAAGACCAUACAUGCCAUCAAGAGGGCUGCUAUGCCCCAGUUGUUCGUAACAGAACAUACUGCGAGGAGCACAUCUGCCCCUUCCUUGAUGGCUGCACAUCACCGAGAACGCUGAACCUAGGAUGCUGCGUGGUACAUAAAUGCCAUCGAGAGUCUUGUCUGGAUCCAUGUGUUCCCAACAGCUCCUUUUGCAGAAAUCAUGUCUGCGCUAAGCGAGGCUGUACGGAACGUCCGGUUGAUAGCGGCCGUUAUUGUAUACGACACUCCUGUACACACCCUGAUUGUGUGGAACGCGGUGGUGAUGGUGGUUUCUGCAAAGAUCACGUAUGUGCUUGGGAUGCGGGAUGUAUGCAAGGUCGUAGUGGUCCGGAUCAAUUGUAUUGUGUAUUACAUACUUGUACGCAGCACGGCUGCUAUGAGAUGUGUAAAGGAUUCUACGGACUUUGCGCCAUACAUGCCUGUCAUUGGAGUCAUUCUUGUUUGAAUGCGCCUAUAAAGUCCGGCGAUUAUUGUCAAAGCCAUACUUGUACUAAACAUGGAUGCGUCAGAGCAAGUGUAAUCGAAGGGAGCCUUUGUGGCCACCAUGCUUGCUCAUGGGGAUCGUCGAUCUGCCUUGAGCCUCGCUGGAAGAGGAGCAGUUACUGUGAAGAUCAUACGUGCGGAGAAAUGGGCUGUGGGUUUGCCCGACUUUCGGGAGGAUCAUACUGUCCCGACCACUCUUGCCAGGCAUCCACAUCCUGUACUGGUCAAGCGGAACUUGGGAGCGAUUAUUGCAUCGAGCAUAAAUGCAGCAGACCAAAUUGCAGGUUGAAGAGCGUGGGAGGUACGAGGUUCUGCAAGAAUCACAAGUCGUUAAGCCCUCCAAUCCCAAUUGGGGCUCAUGACUUAACGAGCCUCCAAAGUUUUCGAUCACGCAGCGGUUAUGCCUUCGUCGACCCACUCGUCGCAGCAUCACUCACAGAUAUGGCCCCUCCGAGGGGCAAGACUCCGAAGCAUUUUUCCAAACAACGUCAAUGGGUGUAAAAUAGUGUUAAUUAUACCCGUGAAGGCUAUUUCGAUUGAAAUUUCCGAAUAUUUAGAUUGUAUUUAUAUGUCAUUUAUGAUCUGGUGGUAGGUUGAGGACCAGAAACCUUUACGAAAUCUACGACUUUUACGAUUUGCAUCUAAUCACGGUAAAUACCAAUACGUCGGG